AGUUGUUUUCUUCUUGACUUGAUUAAUGUCGUUUAGUUUGUUAAAGCGAAAAUAUUUUCGUUCUUUUUAAUUUUUACCUGUGAAAAUACGGAUAUUUACUACGAAAUGGCAUCUUUGUCUAAUAAUGUGGAAAAUUUUUCUCCCCAAAUCAUCAAAAGAGUAGCCAAAGAGCUGCAAGAACUAUCAUCAAAUCCUCCUGAAGGAAUCAAGGUGUUUACAUCUGAUGAUGACAUCACAAAUAUACAAGCCACGAUAGAUGGGCCAGCUGGAACACCGUACGAAAGUGGCAUCUUUAAAGUCAAACUUGUUCUUCAACGAGAUUUCCCAUCCAGCCCACCUAAAGGCUUUUUUACGACGAAAAUCUUUCAUCCAAAUGUUGCAAGCAAUGGAGAAAUUUGUGUUAACACGCUGAAGAAAGACUGGAAAGCAGAUCUUGGCAUCAAGCAUAUUCUUUUGACCAUUAAAUGCCUGCUCAUUGUUCCAAAUCCUGAAUCAGCAUUGAACGAAGAAGCUGGUAAGUUAUUACUUGAAGAAUAUGAGGAUUAUUCAAGAAGAGCGAAGAUGAUGACCGAUGUUCAUGCAAAGUCAUCGUCCCAGAACAAUGGUUGUAGUACCACCUCGGACAUUAGUGAUUCGAAUUUUUGUGGCAAAAAACGUGGACUUAAUGAGAAAACAAUCGACAAGAAGAAAAAAGAUAAAAAGAGGGCACUGAAAAGAUUGUAAAUAAAGUAUCUAUGUUCUUUAGGAACAAUGGUAUAAUGCAAUCUUGACUUUUGCUUUAGGAUAAUUUUAACCGUAAUUUAUGUAUUAUAACUUCUUUGAAAUUAUGCUGUAGGAAAGGUAUUACCCUUACUCAAAAAAAAGUAGGAAAAGUGAAUAGCUUUACAUUUCCAUUAUCGAAAUGUUGUUAAA